AUGGCUCCUCCGUCGCGUGCAUUCGCCGACGCGGCUGCCGCUGCUCUUCGGGCUCUCCAGUGCUCCGGACCGGGAGCUGUUUAUGUCGCCACCGACACUUCGGGCCGUCGUCCGGCGCGCCAGGCUCGUUCGGCGGGUGCCCCCACCCCUAUCGCCGCUGGUGCUGUGCCCCCAGCCCCGGCCGCGCCUGCAGGUGACCCUACGCUCAUUCCUGCCGCCUCCAGGACCUCGGUCGACCCUCCACCGGCUCCUCCAAGUAGUCCUGAGUCUGCUGCUGGGGCGACCGAGACUCCCUCGCCGGCAGUUCCCAGUGAAGAGGCUCCCGACUCGCCGCCGACACCGCCGCCAAGCGCCAGCGCUCCACCGUCACCAACUCCCGCGCCUUCGGUCAUGUUGUUGGUGCAAGCGAACGCGGCCAUCGCUCACCACGCUGACGUCACUCAGUCGUUGGAGAAGCGGACGCUCGUUGCUGAGGCCGAUUCGGCCGCUGCUUUGGAGAGGCUUCGGAAGCAGUUGGCCGACCGCGACCGAGCAAACGUCAUCCCCGCACGCAUUCAAGCGUUGACGGACGAGAACAACAGCUUGCGGCGAGUGAAUUCUAUCCUUCAUCGGCACUCGGCAGCACACGGACUCGACGUCGACACCUUGGUCCUGGCCUCAGCCGGCAUCUCCGCCGCAGAGAUUUAUUGGAAUCUUCUCGGGCUGUCCCCACCGACGGUCACUGUCGAGAGUCCACGCCAUGACGAAUUCUCGUCAGAGGAGGGAGAGGAGUCCAAGACGACCGACGUGCCGAUGGCUGAGUCCACCGAGGCUACGUCCGCUGCCGCUGCUUCGGUGGACGCUUCUGCUGGUUCCCCGACCGUCAGUCGACCUGAGGGCCCGGGCUGCAGCGGCCGCCGCGCCAUCCAAUCCUCGUUCGGCAUCAGGAGAGAUUUCCCCGCCUCCUCGGUCGAUGCCCCAGCCCAGCAGCAAGAAUCGUCUGACGUGGAGUUUGGAGGGGGUAUGAGUCCUAGCGACUCUUCACAAGAUGACCUUGAGCCCGGCGAGAUUCCGGGGGUGUCGGCCAGCGCUCAGGGUGUUCAAGGUUCUGCUACCGAGCCUUCCGGUACUGUCAUCGAGGUUCCAUACGAGGUUUCGCCUUCGGCGGCGACUUCCAUUCCUUCGCCAGUCUCGUCUGGUAUAGCCGGCGUCGGCCGUGCCCCUCGAGAAUCGGCUGCUGGGGUCGCCGAGGGCUCUGGCGGCCCGCCAGACCAUUCACCUAGCGGUGAGUCGCCUCAUGAGUCCGAGACUUCCGAGGACCGCGCAGCGUUGUUCCUGGAGAUGUUCGGCCCCGACGAAAGAGAGGAAACCUCGGUGGCGCAACCUGUCGCUCCUUCGGAGGCUCCUUCUCCUCUGGCUGCCGCGACCGGAGUUCCUGUAGCUCCACAAGCGGCCACCGUGCCACUCCCGAGUCGACUCCACACUCGGUCGGCCUCUGUUCACGCUCGGGCGAUGGUAACAGCAACGGUGACAGCUUCACCGAGGGCUGGACCUGCGUCGAUUGCCCCAGCAGUGGUUGACGCUUCCGACGUAGCUCCUGGAUCGCGUAAGCUCAGUGGUCUUGCUACCCUGUUCUUGGAGCCGGGUUUCACGGCACCCGGAGCGUCGGAAUGCUGGCAUCUCAUCCAAAACGCCAGUGUCCCCCUCGUCUUCGAGGACGACUUGGUCGCCCCCAGUUCAGUGGAUGGAAUCGUGGAGUUUGGCUUGUGGACGGAUCCUGCUCACCCCUUCCAAGUGUUGCGCCAGCUUUUCCCAGACGAGCCUUGUUUGAUCGAUACGACGGGUUUUCCAUCCUCGGUGGCUAUAUCCCGUCGUGCAACUGGUCGGGCUCUUCUCGUUCGCCUAUGGCGGCAGUUCCAGGGGUACUCCUACCACUCCACCGAGAGGGGCGACCUUGGUUUCGCCUUGUGGGAGCGUCGCCACUGGCUUAGGGGUAAAGCUGUCAAGGCGUAUAUCGACAACCUCGCCAGCACCCUCGGUCAGCGCAACGUGCAAGUCCUAGCGCUUCGACAAGCGUGGUCCAAGUACCACCGAGAGCGCAGUUAUCGUGCAGAUCGCUUGCGAGACCAGAUGCUCCACAAGCACCGCACCGAGGUUUUGCUGGAGCCGUCGUACCUGCAAUACUCGUUCGAGGUGAUUGAGUGGGUCCCCACUACCGACGACUGGGCCUCCGAGGUGGCGGACGUGGAUGCCCGCGAGCCGUGGCGUAACUGUUGGUUCCAAGCGCCAGCAGACCACCCCUACAACACGGCUUGCAACGACGUCCCGUUGUUUGUCCCCAACGGAUCGACUCGGGAAACCGUGGCGUCGUCGGUCGUGGUCGAAUCUUCUCUGCGGACUUCGAUGGUGGUCGCUCCAUGGGUGGCCGAGUUCGCAAACGCUCGUCGUUCUCGCUCUCCAAGCCCCGAUGAGGAGACGAAGGAGUCGGGUGAUGCUUCUUCCGCCGCCGGGUCAAGUCUGGGCGUGUUGGCUCAGGCUGUGAUGGAGAUUUAG